GUUCUGACAAAUUAACCACAGGAACAUCAGACACAGUCAGACUUUAAUUCAGUCCUCAGUAACUUUGCUGUAACUUUGGUUUUAUCAGCAGGAGGCCUGAAGAGUUUCUGACCGGCUGUCAGCUUCACUUUACCGGCAGUAACAGUCUCAGUCAGCCGCUUACAGAUACUUAAACGUUUCAGUCACUUGGUGGACAACAUAACGGCAGGUUUAAAUGUGUUUCAUGGAGUUUUGUAUGAAGCUUGCUGGAGCAGAAAAGACAGAAAUCAUUGAUAUUAUCAGAUAAAGCGUCAUGAAGUGUGAGCAUGAUGUUUAUCAAAGACAUUGAUUGACAUGAAUGUGUCAGAUGUGCAGGAUAAAGCAGGUAUCUGCGCUGUCUCCGCUCAGAUCAGGUGAUUUGUUGGAGGACUUGUCCAGACUUGUUUCCUCUCGGUCUCCUUCAUCACCGUGUUUCUGUCUGCAGCAGCUGUUUUGUUUUUAUUGAUUAUUAAGUCUUAAAUGGAAUUAAACCCGAACAACAUAGAGAAAACACAGCUGCUGUAACUCAGAACAUGCAGGUGAUUUCAGAGUUCUUCGUGUGUCCGGCUCUCGUCCCAAAGUCUGCUGAAGUUUCAUCAAACAUGAAACACAAGCUGUUGCUGUCGGAGGACAGAGAGGAAGUCAAGAGGAGAAACAUUCACAUCUGUAAAGACGAACCAGGAUCAGUCCGACAUGAUGAAGAGCCUGGAGUUCUGUCUGACUCCGAGAACGAGGAGCCAAUCAGCAGGAGGAUCAGAAACGUCUCCGCCUUCGUCAGGAAAACCAAAACCUCGUCCGCCAUCAGCAGUGGUUCUCAGAGGAGUCGGAGCUGCACUGACCCAGUGGAGGACGGUGGAGGGAAGCUGAAGGUGUUCCCGCCGCCGGCCAUGAUGGACAGAGUCGGUAUCAGCCACAGCUUCACCGCAGGAAUCCUCCUCUCCUCUGAGAACAGUCGCUCCGUUUCUGCUCCCGUCACCGCGCCCGACCGCCGGCUCACCUGGCGCGCCGUGAUGACGUCAUCGUCCACCGCCCUGGGCCCGGAGCGCUCCAUCAGCCCCGAGAGCAACGACAGCAUCUCCGAGGAGCUCAACCACUUCAAACCCAUCGUCUGCUCGCCGUGCACGCCGCCCAAACGGCUGCCGGACGGCCGGCUGAUGGAGCCCACCAUCGUCAAGUCCACGCCCAGGAACCUGACCCGCGGCCUGCAGAAGGCCACCAGCUACGAGGCGAGUCCUGCCGUGCUGCAGAAGUGGAGGCAGAUCGAGCUGGACCGCCAGAGCCUCAAAGUGAACUCCAAGGCCACGCUGACGAGCCCCGUCAACGAGCUCCAGGACGCCGUGAAGACGCAUCAGAACUCGGUGGGAGACGGCGUCGUGUCCGUCAACAAGAGGAAGCUGCUGUUCGACCCUCCGUCGGGAGACGUGGACGGCUUCCAGAAACAGUCUGUAAAGAUCCGGGUCCCUGCGAUCCGCUACAGCAGCGAGGCGGCGUUCAGAGGAACUUCAGAUUUUGAGCCGGCGGGCGGAGCUCCGGAGUCGUGUGGCGGCGGCGGCGGAACGCUGUUCAGCCGGAAACAGUCGUUCUCGCCAUACACAAAGAACUCCGGCUUCCAGUCCUGCAAGUUAGUGCCAAAGGACUCGCAGAGUCCCAGGAAGGAGUCCGACAACCAGUCUACCUCCCGGAGGGGCCAGAAGAGGAACCAGAAGACCAAACACUUGGACCCGGACCGAGACCCGGACCUGAGGAGGGGGCAGAUCCAGCAGGACCGAGCGCUGGCCCUGAAGCUGCAGAGACAGUUCGACCUGGAGAACCAGAGCGCCGCCCGCCGGAGGAGUCCCGACAAGUACUUCCUGCGGUCCUGGAUGUCCAAUCAGAACCGCAGGAGGCGUGGCCUGCGGAGAUCUCGACGAAUCAACAAGAAGCACUACCGUGGAACCGAAUUCUUCCGAUAAAUCUCUCCAUGGUUUCUGCAGCUGAUGGUCUUCCACUGAACGUUUCAGACACUUUGUGAUUUUUUUGGGGGGGGGUUUCCUCCUCCAAUGUUGUGCCGAUCUGGAUGGAGUCUUGUCUGUACCCGCCGAGGCUCAUGGGAACUGUAGUCUAUUGGAGAUGCUCCACAGACUAACUGAAGGAGAAAGUGAUUAAUGGCUGAUUGUCAGGAAAGAUCCAGCCCGCCUCGUUACUCUCCGGGAGAGAAAAGUCAUGUGAUGGGACGAGUUUUAUUGUUUGAGCUCAUUAAUAAAGGAUUCAGAGGAUGAGUUUUACAGGUGUAUGUGACCCAUCCUCCUCGUAUAAUGCUAGAAA